UCGUUUCCUCACAUGUGGAAACAAAACAACACAUCAGCUGGACAUGGCUGCUGAUACAGCUGUGGUCACGGUUCGGCUGGUGAGAUCCUUCGAGCACAGAAACUUCAGGCCGGUUGUGUUUCACGGAGUCAGUGUGGAGCAGACUGUGCAGGAGUUCAUCCAGCUGGUCAGACACGAUAUUGCAACAAGACCAGGACUUCCUCCACCUUUCAAGAAAUAUGCUUACGACACAAUGAAGAUUAUCCACCAAGCACACGGAGCAAAGACAAAUGAGCUGGUGAUGAGUUUAGAGGACGAUGAAAAGCUCAUUCUUCAAGAAGGCCUGACCCUCAGAGCUGCUGGUAUUGCAAAUGAGACAGAAGUGGCCUUCUUCAGGAAAGAAGACUAUGGUCUCUAUAAAGCAAAUCCACACACUGCAUGGUGACCAGAUGAGAUUCUUAAAGGACAGAGGUCAAAGGUCAAGCAUGCCGAGAACGAAAGGAAAACAAGAUGAUGAUGCCAUGCCAUGUUUAAUUUUUGGGUUUGUUUUUAAAAUCGUGGCCUGUUAUCCACCUCACUGGUAUGCCUUUUUUAUUUCUGUUUUUAUUUUCAGUUUUUUUUUAUCCUCUGGUAUUUGUGACCAUGGACAUUUAUUUUCUAUAUGUUGUUUUACAAUAUUCUGAAUAAAGUUUUCUGACAGCUGACAUUUUU